AUUGUCUCAGAUAAAAUGGUAACGGUAAGGUGUUUAAGAUGUGAAGAAUAAGAAACUAAAAAUAUUUAAGAAAUUUUGGAUCGGCGAGAGAGCAACCAAACAUUCGGAAGGGACUUGCGAUGGUGUUUUCUCAGAGAGAAGAUCGGCAUCUGCUGCUCUGGCUUCUUCUCUUUGCAGCCUGGGAGGCAGGGAGCGGCCAGCUUCAUUACUCCGUCCCAGAGGAGGCCAAACACGGCACCUUUGUGGGACGCAUCGCGCAGGACCUGGGGCUGGAGCUGGCUGAACUGGUGCCUCGCCUGUUCAGGGUGGCGUCCAAGGACCGCGGGGACCUUCUGGAGGUAAAUCUGCAGAAUGGCAUUUUGUUUGUGAAUUCUCGGAUCGACCGGGAGGAGCUGUGCGGGCGGAGCGCGGAGUGUAGCAUCCACCUGGAGGUGAUCGUGGACAGGCCGCUGCAGGUUUUCCACGUGGAGGUGGAGGUGAGGGACAUUAACGACAACCCUCCAGUAUUUCCAGUAGCCACAAAGAAUCUUUUUAUCUAUGAAUCUCGGCCGCUGGGCUCCCGGUUUUCGCUAGAGGGCGCAUCAGAUGCAGAUAUAGGAACCAAUUCGUUGUUGUCUUACAGUCUUAACUCAAGUGAAUACUUUUCUUUGGAUGUCAAAAGAAAAGAUGAGGAAAUUAAGUCCCUGGGACUCGUGUUGAAAAAACUUUUAAACAGAGAGGACAUUCCUGAACAUAAUUUAUUGAUAACUGCAGUUGAUGGUGGGAAACCUGAGCUCACUGGCACCACUCAAGUGAAGAUCACUGUUCUAGAUGUGAACGACAACGCCCCAGCAUUUGAGAAGACAUUCUACAAAGUCAGAUUACCCGAAAAUGCUCCAAAUGGUACUGUAGUAGUGGAUGUUGAUGCCUCUGAUUUGGAUGAAGGAGUAAAUAAGGACAUUGUAUAUUCUUUUCACCAGGAUAUGUCACUUGAAAUCCUGUCAAAAUUCCACUUAGACCCAAUCAGUGGAUACAUCACUGUAAAAGGUAACAUAGAUUUUGAGGAAACCAAAUCUUUUGAAAUCCAGAUAGAAGCAGCAGACAAGGGAACCCCUCCAAUGACAGAUCAUUGCACGGUUCUAGUUGAAAUUGUGGACGUCAAUGAUAACGUGCCUGAAUUGGUCAUCAAGUCAUUAUCACUUCCUGUGUUAGAAAAUUCUGCACCCAGCACUGUCAUCGCCCUGAUCAGUGUGUCUGACCGUGACUCUGGAGCCAAUGGACAAGUGACCUGCUCUUUGACCCCUCAGGUUCCCUUCAAGCUGGUGUCCACCUUUAAGAAUUACUAUUCUCUUGUGCUGGACAGUGUCCUGGACCGAGAGACCAUCUCUAACUACAACGUUGUUGUGACUGCCAGGGACGGGGGCUCUCCUUCUUUGUGCACCACGGCUAGCGUGUCUGUGGAGGUGGCUGACGUGAAUGACAAUGCUCCUGCAUUUGCGCAGCCGGAGUACACAGUGUUUGUAAAGGAGAACAACCCUCCUGGCGCGCACAUCUUCACGGUGUCAGCGAUGGAUGCGGACGCACAGGAGAACGCGCUGGUGUCCUACUCGCUGGUGGAGCGGAGGGUGGGCGAGCGCUUGCUGUCGAGCUAUGUGUCCGUGCACGCGGAGAGCGGCAAGGUGUUUGCGCUGCAGCCUCUGGACCAUGAGGAGCUGGAGCUGCUGCAGUUCCAGGUGAGCGCGCGGGAUGCUGGUGUGCCUGCCCUGGGCAGCAAUGUGACUCUGCAGGUGUUUGUGCUGGAUGAGAACGACAAUGCGCCCACACUGCUGGGGCCUCACGCGGGCAGCGCAGUGAGCGAACUGGUGUCACGGACAGUGGGUGCAGGGCAUGUGGUGACGAAGGUGCGUGCUGUGGACGCGGACUCUGGCUACAACGCGUGGCUCUCUUAUGAGCUGCAGUCAGCAGCGGGCAGUGGACGUCUUCCCUUCCGCGUGGGUCUGUACACCGGUGAGAUCAGCACCACACGUGUCCUGGAUGAAACAGAUGCCCCGCGACAGCGCCUAUUGGUAUUGGUGAAGGACCAUGGCGAGCCGGUGCUGACAGCUACAGCCACCUUGCUUGUGUCUCUGGUGGAGAGUGGGCACACGCCAAACACCCCAUCCCGGACUUUGGUGGAUUCUGCCGGUAGGGAGGCUUCGCUUGUAGAUAUCAACGUGUACCUGAUCAUCGCCAUCUGUGCCGUGUCUAGCCUGUUGGUGCUCACGCUGCUGCUGUACCUUGCACUCAGGUGCUCCACAGCGCCCACGGAGGGCGGUCCUGGGAAGCCCAUGCUGGUGUGCUCCAGCGCAGUGGGGACCUGGUCAUAUUCGCAGCAAAGAAGACAGAGGGUGUGCUCUGGAGAGGGCCCGCCCAAGACCGAUCUCAUGGCCUUCAGCCCAAGUCUUACACCAUGCCCAGUUAAUCAAGAUAAAGAAGACAAACUGGUUGGAGACAUUGAUUUCUCCAUCAAACCCCGGCAGCCCAACCCUGACUGGCGCUACUCUGCCUCGCUAAGAGCAGGCAUGCACAGCUCUGUGCACCUGGAGGAGGCUGGCAUUCUACGGGCUGGUCCAGGAGGGCCUGAUCAGCAGUGGCCAACAGUAUCCAGUGCAACACCAGAACCUGAGGCAGGAGAGGUGUCCCCUCCGGUGGGCGCCGGUGUCAACAGCAACAGCUGGACCUUUAAAUACGGACCAGGCAACCCCAAACAGUCCGGUCCCGGUGAGUUGCCAGACAAAUUCAUUAUCCCAGGAUCUCCUGCAAUCAUCUCCAUCCGGCAGGAGCCUGCUAACAACCAAAUUGACAAAAGCGAUUUUAUAACCUUCGGCAAAAAGGAGGAGACCAAGAAAAAGAAGAAAAAGAAGAAGGGUAACAAGACCCAGGAGAAAAAAGAGAAAGGGAACAGCACGACGGACAACAGUGACCAGUGAGGCCACCAAAUGGAAACAAGCCACUUAGCCAGUUUUUGUAAUAAUGGCAAAUCUCUCCCAUGUAGCAACUCCCCGCUCCUUUCUCCUAUGACAUGAGCCCUCAGAAAUCUGCAGAAAGUUCCCUGUGUCUGUCUUGAUCGCAUUUAACAGGUUUUGUCUUAAAAAGCUUUCCUAAGUCUGGUGUUAACUCUCUCUCUCUCCACUCUGGCUUGUUUUCAGAACCUAAAAAGCAGACCCAGGUUUCCUUUCUCCCCCGCCGCAAAGGAGAAGCUUCCCAGCCCCGCCAGUGAGAGUUGGACUCUCUGCCCUGUGCUUCAAGCAUCCUGUCUUGAUGAUAUUUGCAGGGCAGGCUGAAAGGUAUUCAGGUUGAGCAGUUGGGUGUUUGUGGUCACUGGGUAUGUGUGGCUACCAAGAGUGUUGGAGAGCCUGGUAUUGGCUGGGAUGGUCCAGAUUAGACUAGUUAACACAAGGAGGGCUGGGGCUCAAAGGCACAUCAACACCGGGAGUCUUUCAUCUGGAGGGGGAAAAUGUGAAACUUACAAGGACCAGACUUUCUCAAUCUCUCAACUAGACAUAUGAUGGCCAUCCUCUAACAGACAAAACCAUCCCCACCGGCAAAGCUUUAGGAGCCCCUCAAGUGUGCUGGCUAUAACAUCACUGUAUUCAAAACCUGCAGUAUGCACACGAGCCAGCAGUUCAAGCGUUUAACAAGAGGGUCGGCCAGGGCAACAGAAGCAGAUCUGAUGUGUUUCCUGUACACGUCCUUGUGCUCACGCUAUUAAAAAUUCUUUUGCACACAAUGUUUAUGAAAAGGUCUCAUCCUUUUCCAACAACACAUAUGCAAAAGCAAAAGAAAAACCCAAGACCUCACUUUAUGCUGUUUGUUGUUUGAUAGAUUUAUUAAAAAGAAAAGAGAAAGUCGAUAGCUAUAAAUCUUUAAAGGAAUAUGAUGAAUACAAUCCCCCCAACCUUCCCUCAAAAGAGAAUCCAGUCUACAGCCAUUUGAAAUGAUCGUUGCUGCUACAGAAGUGCUUUAAGAGAAUUGCCUGGAACAUCUGUAUUAUCCCGGCCACCUGCCAAUCACAGCUUUACUCUUUCAGGUCACUCUGGGGCUGCCUCUUGCAUGUAUUAAUUACUAAAUAGAAGGAUCUUUCUCUCUUUUCUAAGAAAAAUGAUGUGCACUUUGAUUACACAACCUUCUCUAACCCACGAUAUCAAGACCCAGAAACUGAAGAAAAAUCUUGUUUUCUCAUGCAUACAGUGAGCAGACUUUUCAUUCCUCUGGUUCUGUGGUUGUCUCGGUGUGCUAGCCUACACCUCCACCUUGUUUAGCUUUCCUUUUCUAGAACACUCUGAAUUGCUAACCUUACUAACACCUAUGAUGUUACCUGAAUCAAUCUCCCAUAUGUAUGCUGUAUGCUAUUAUAAGACUCCUGAGAUAUACUUACUCUGUGCUUGUGUAUGUGAAUGUUAAUGCAACUAUUACCUAGAGUGAACUUUAAGCUUUAUUGUUGAAUGUAAGCCCAUUAUAUUUCCUUUUGUACACCUGUGGAAAAGUGGAAUAGUGUUUUUUUUAAAACCAUUGUUAAUCAGCUUUUGUGUAUGAAAGACACAGUAAAAUUUCUUUCUUAAAUCAAGAUGCUGGUGAUUCAAGGAAUUUUAUUUAUGGUCAGCCAAGGGCUGUCUCUUGCCAAGAAUCCUGCUGGCAAGGGAAAAUGGAUAAAGCUGGUUUUUUUUUUUCCUAGUAAGAAUUCUGGAAUAAAUACUGAAGAAAGUCCCUGAGGGUAUGCAAGCACAAAAUUGUACCAAUCUGACCUCUUUGAAUUUGCAGACUGCUUUGAAAUGCUAUCCGGAAUAUCAGCUUGUAGAAAGUAAUAAAAUUUACUGUUACCAUAAAUAAGACAUUUUAAGUUUAUUGUGCACAACUUAGAUGUUUGAUUAAUUAUAUUAUCUACUUAAAAGCAUAUAAAAGAGGUAGGAGUCUGUUUUAAAAGGCAUAAAAAAUCUCAAAAAAAAAAAACCUGUCUUGUCUACUUUUAGCUUCAUUCUCCCAUAUUUUGAAGGGUGUGUAACUUCAGCUCUGCAGGAUUGCAUGGGGUAAAACUCGUUGACAGCGCAUGUGAACCAUUGCUACAUUGUAGGUUGUGAUCAUUUUGCCCCACUGAAGCCCAUGUAACUGACCUUACGUGCCUUUUGAACUAGGAGAAUCGGGCUAUAAUUUAUUAAUGAUGAUAAUGAUAAUGUAUAUGUACAGCACUUUUUAACCUUACAAAGUGCUUUCCAAUUCGUGUUAGUUAUUAGUUAUUACAGCUGUAAGGAUAAAACACGUCAUGUGGAUUCAUUUUUAAUUGGUGCUAUUGGUAUUUCCUCUGUUCUUGCUAAUAAAUGGAAAUGGUGGUGUGAAAGC